AACACGCUCAGCCUGCUCGAAGAAGUAACUAGGGCAAAUCCAGUUUUCUUAUUUGUUUCCGGUGCGGAUUGUUUUCCGCGUUACACAGUUGGUAAAGGUAUAUUUUUUUCUUUAGUAUUUUUGGAUAUUACUUUCUCCUACAGAUUUUUUUUUUUUUUUUUUUUACAUUUGAGGUUGGCUACAGCCGAAGUCAUUGAGAAGCACAUUUCCAUGUAGGCUGAGUGUGACUGGGAGCCGUGUCAUUAACAAAGGCUGGGUUUCCUCUUCAACAUCGUCGUAGUUUAUCGCUGUUCUUUUAAAUAGUUCCCACGUCAUAAUCGUUGGAUAGUUCGUUUGACGACAUAAAGGAGUUUUUGUUUAAACCCCGUCAACUCAGGAUUAAAGAUUUCUCACUUUCUAUUUCCCUCCUUUUUUUAAAAAAAAAUAUGUAAGGCACUCCACCAACAGCAAAGACGCCGAGAUAAAGAAAGAUGCCGCUUCUUCACAAAAAGCCGUUCGCGAGGCAGAAACCUCCCGCUGAUCUAAAGCCAGACGAAGAAGUUUUCCUUUGUAAAGUAACACACGAAAUCUUCAGGACCUACGAGGAAUUCUUUGAGAGGACAAUCCUCUGUAACAGUUUGGUGUGGAGUUGUGCUGUCACAGGUAAGCCUGGUCUCACCUACCAGGAGGCAUUGGAGAGCGAGAAGAAAGCCAAGCUCAACCUCCAGAGCUUCCCAACAUCCCUGGUGCUGCCACUCCUGCACCUGGCUGCUCUUACACACCGCACGAGGCUGCAUGAGAUAUGUGAUGAUGUGUACUCCUUCGUCAAAGAGCGCUUCUUUCCCGGGGAGAGGGUGAUUAUUGUAGGUCGCGCUGGUGCAAGGCAACACUGCCAAAUCUUGGAGGUUAUUCCUCCCCAUACUAAUGGGACAGUGAAUGGGUAUGUCAAACACCACAUGGAGGGCGACUCAAUCGUCAUCAGUGACAGCGAUGACGAAUGCAUUAUCACUUCCCCCAAAUCCCCCAAAAUGACACCCAGUGGGAAACGGAAGGCCAUUAGCCCAUCCUUGUUUAAGUAUAAGGUUCGACCUGUGUACCCAGAGGGUUGUGAACCCAUACUCUUGAAAGCUUCUCAGAUUACUCGUAAGAAGAAUGUAUUUACUCGAGAAAGGCUGAAGCUGCUCCUUAAACAACAUUGUGAACCAAUGAAUGGGACCAUCAGAAUUAAACCAGCAACAGUUGCAAAACAUAAGAUGUCAGAGCAAAGUUUCUCUAACUUCUUCCCGGAUGAACCCCCGGUUUUUGACUUCAGCCAUACUGGAAAAGCCAGAGGUCGUCACCCGAACGCCAAGUCUCCAAGGGAGGUGAAUUACAGCGAGGGACCAAGCGUAAUGCGAGCUUCUGAAGAGAAGUUAAGACUGUUGCAACAAAAAGAAGAAAUGAUGGCUAUGUUGCAUGAAAAGGCAAAAUUAAAGAGAGAGAGAGAAGAUUUACUGGAAGCCAAGAAAAAGGAACGAGAGGACAGAGAAAGACGGAAAGAAGAGCUUAAGAGACAGGUGGAAGAAGAGAAACAGAAACGGAAAGAAGAGAAAGAACGGAUGAAGGUGGAGAAGGAAAGAGAGCGAGAAAAGCUGAAGGAGGAGAAGAAAAAAUAUGCUGAACGGCUGAAGUUGUGGAGUAAACCUCGCGAGGACAUGGAGUGUGAUGACCUGAAGGAGCUACCGCAACCACUGCCAGUGAAGACCCGUUUGCCUCCAGAGCUGUUUGGAGAUGCCCUGAUGGUGCUAGAGUUCCUGAAGGCAUUCGGAGAACUCUUUGACCUGAAGGAUGAAUUUCCUGAUGGCAUCACAUUAGAAGUCCUGGAGGAGGCGCUGGUGGGCUGUGACCCAGAGGGGCCACUCUGCGAGCUGCUCUUCUUCUUCCUGUCCGCCAUUUUCCAGGCACAGGCCGAGGAACAAGAAGAGGUGGCCCGGGAGCAGGUGGCUGAAGCCGACACCAAAGAUCUGAGCGAGGCUCUGGAUGAGGAUGUGGACCCUACACAGUCAGCCAUCACUGCAGUGGCCUCCCUGGCUGCUGCUUGGCCCCAGCUCCAUCAGGGCUGCAGUCUGAAGCAGCUGGAUCUGGACAGCUGCACUCUGUCCGAGAUCCUGCGGCUGCACAUCCUGGCCUCGGGGGCCGAAUGCAGCUCCGCCAACGCCAAGUUCCGCUAUCAGAAGCAGGGCGGCUUCGGCUCGACAGACGACCCCUGCGUGGAGCUCCGCCUCUCACAGCCCAGCUUGCUCAAGAAGCUCUCCUGCACUGCGGUCUAUGAUCUCCAGCCUGGGGAGAAACUAAAGAUCCUGCAUGCUCUUUGUGGGAAGCUUCUCACACUGGUCUCUACGCGAGACUUCAUUGAAGACAGUGCAGACGAGCAGAGAGCGGCCAGAAUGGAGCUCCGGGAAAUCAAAGCUGAACGGCACCGCAGGGAGCGAGAGGAGGCUGCUAACAGGGUUCGUAAAAGAAAGGAAGAGAAGCUGAGAGAACAGGAACUGAAACUCAAAGAGAAACAUGAAAAACUCAGAGAGGAGGAAGGACUGAGUAGGAAUGGCAUAGAUGUAGCAGGAGAGGAAAUGGACACGAGUACGGAAAGUCAGGAGAGUCAUGCUGAUCAGCAGGCAGAGGACGAAGGGGAGCAUGCGCAGCAUGGCAAAUCUAAGAUAGCUAAAAGCAGCAGUCCCAAAGAGAAAGCAGCGGGUGAGGAGGAGGUGAAGGAGGGUCUGAGUUUGGAGGAGCUCCAGCACCAGCAGCUGAAGGAGAAGGAGCUCCAGGAGCGCAUCCACAAGGCGGCAGCCUGCACCUACAUCCUGCCGCUGGGCCGCGAUCGCUUCUACCGCCGCUACUGGAUCUUUCCCUCUGCUGGGGCCCUUUUCGUGGAGGAGGACUUCUUCGGCCUCACCGAGGACAUGUUGGAGCCGCGGCCUGCUGCCGAGCCCAAGCAGGAGGAGCUCGCCUUGCUCCAGAGUCCAGUGAAGAGCGACGAGCUGGCGGGGGAGCCUAGCCUGCACCCGAACACCUCGCCCCCGGUGAACAGGCCCAACCACUGGGCGUUGUACAGCACGCCGGCGGAGCUGGAACAGUUGAUCGAGGCGUUGAACGCGCGAGGCCGCCGCGAGAGUGCACUCAAAGAAGCCCUGCAGCAGGACAAGCAGAGAAUCUCACUGCUGCUCAGCAGCUGUGUGGCCGAACGCUACAACCACUCGGUUAAAGCACUGUCAGAGACCAAAGGCAGCACUCUGAAGUCCAAGAAUGGCCCCACUGCUCCAGACACCACAGUACCUGCCGAGAAGCACAUGGAGACCCGGCUCAGGGACCUGCUGCUGGACAUCGAGGACCGCAUCUAUCAGGGAACUCUUGGCGUGGUGAAGGUGAUGGAGAGGAGCACCUGGCGGGCGGCGCUGGAGCACAGCACCUAUGACCUUCUGAGUCCUGAGGCCAAGCAGAACGGAGACCUCAACAGUGAGGAAGAGGCCAUGGAAAUAGACGAGAGCCACAUCAGAGUGAAGGACAGGCUGCAGGAGCUGAAGAGCGAGAGCCAGAGUGUGGCGUCCACGAGUGCCAGCACGCCACAGCCAGUCAACACCACCGUGCACUACCUCGCACAUGCGCUCUCUCAGAUAGAGCAGGGCAUCGAGCGCAAGUUCCUCAAAGCUCCGCUCGGUGAUGAGGAUGGCAAAAAAGACCCAAAAACAAAGAGAAAAGAAAAGAAAAAAGAUGAAGACCAGUCCAGUGAGAAGGAUGAUGGCAGUGAGUGUGGGCGGCAGGUGAGGACAGUGCUGGAGCGCUGGAGGGAGUCCCUACUGUCCUGCUCCAGCCUCUCACAGCUCUUCCUGCACCUGUCCACCCUGGAGCGCAGCGUGGUCUGGGCCAAGUCUAUCCUGAACGCCCGCUGCAAGGUGUGCCGCAAGAAGGGCGACGGCGAGAACAUGCUGCUGUGUGACGGCUGUGACCGGGGCCACCACAUCUACUGCGUGCGGCCUAAGCUGAAGGCUGUUCCCACUGAGGACUGGUACUGUCCAGAGUGCCGUCCCAAACAACGCUCUCGCCGCAUGAACUCCCGCCAGCGGUCUUCUGUCGACUCUGAAGAGGAUAUGGAGCAGGAGGAGGAGUCUGAAGAGGAGGAGGAGUCUGAGGAGGAAGAGGAGGAGUCCGAAGAAGAGUCGUCAGAAGUGGACGAGAAGGAAAGUGUCAUGAAGAAGGCUGCUGUGAAAGUUCCCCUUCAGGGCACCAAAGGUGCUAGGUCGAGUGGCAAAUCCAAGCAAGCUGAAUCGAAUCAUUCCACACCUCGCAGCCAGCAGAGUGUCCCCAAACCGAGCCUCUCUGCAGGUAGAGGAGGCUCCCGAUGCUCAGGGAAGAAGGCCACUCCAGUGUCCAACGGCAAGCCUCCUCCACGGCCUGGCAGCCGCUCUAGUGCCCGCCUCAGUCUGGAGCUUCUGAGCAGCAACAGCGGUAGCGCCGCUAAAUGCAGCACCAGCCCCACUUCAGCCCAGACCAGCUCCAGGAAAAGACCCCUUGAGGGCUCCCCUAAAGUCAAGGUGGUCUUGGCCCCAGGCAGCUCCUCCUCCAGCCGCCGCAGCUCAGGGAGAAAUCUCGGCGUCCAUGAGCUCUCAGCCUGUGAACAGCUCACUGUGGACCUGGUCAGGCAUGAAGACAGCUGGCCUUUUAUGAAACUGGUGUCCAGGACUCAGGUACCUGAUUACUAUGGCAUCAUCAAAAAGCCCAUUGCUUUGAGUACAAUCCGGGAAAAGGUCAACAACUGUGAAUACCAAACUGCAUCGGAGUAUAUAGAGGAUGUGGAGCUGAUGUUUUCCAACUGUCUAGAGUACAACCCUCGCAGCACCAAUGAGGCCAAGGCAGGCCUCCGGCUUCAGGGCUUCUUCCACUCGGAGCUGCAGAAGCUUGGCCUGGCUGACCGCAUGACCCCUCCACAGAAACGACCUAGGAUGUGAACCAGCACCCCACUGAAAUGACUCAGGAUGAAAACCAGCACUCCUGUUUCCCAGAGGCCUUUAGAUUACUAAAGGGCACCAUUUAUUGAUCAUCCAUAUAAGAUGCAAAUGAACUGUUUCCAAAACUAGGUUUUUUUGUUUUGUUUUGUUUUGUUUUGUUUUUUUUGGUUGGUUUUGGUUUUUGUUUGAUACAGGGCAAACCUGUGCUGUGAAAUAAAUAUAUUUGCACUGAGUUUUUUGAAAAGUUCUUUCCAUUAACAUUGACUCAGGACAAAAAAAGGAUUUGUUUUUAUUAAAAUUCUCUCUAAAUGGUGCAUUUUUAUUUUGUAUCUUGACUGCAUUUCUAGACUACUGUUUGUAUAGAUUUUUCAUAUAAUUCUGUGAUACAUUGAUGAUAAAUUAAGUCUUGGAAUUCAAAGGAACAAAUGGCAUAUCUGUUGUGUUGUGAAUAGUAAAAUACAUUUUUUUUCUGGUCCCUGUAGCUUGGUUAAACACUACAUAGGAACCAAAAUCCACUCCUUUUCCAUGUGACUAAUUGGUUAUUUAUUUUAGUUUCGGAUAUAAUUUGGAACUUGACAACUUGCUUUAUUUAUGAAGGUUUGAUUGUUUUUAUAGUCUGUAUUUGUAAACUGUUCCCUUUUUGUAAAGUAUCAGUGUUUUUUCCCCCCUCCAAACAGUAGAAACAUGGUUUCCCAGCUGUUUCCCUUGCACCACUUUAAACUCUUCUCCAACUAUUGUGUACAUUUUCAUAAAUAAAUAAAUUGCCUUUGUUAAUA